GUUUCGGGGUCGCAACGUCACGAAGUCACUUGACGUACCGAGAUGCGCGCGCAUCGCACACUGGAGCAUUUGUGUAUGUUUGUGUUGUGCUUUCUGUAGCCGCAACGAGCUGAUGUACUACAAAAACGCGCUGAUGGACCAAACGAGAGUUGGGAUGAAAUCCUGAAACCCGCCGUGGCUUUCUAGGGAACAUGAACGGUUCUCUUGUAGGGCCGAAGAAAACCGCAAUAUGUCGCUACUUCGCCACCGGGGGAACUUGUUUCUACGGUUCCGAGUGUCAAUUCUUGCAUGGACCGUCUACCACUCCUUGCUUGAACACUGAUCUGGGAAUACGUGAUUCGCAGCUGUCACUCAUGGUGCGGACACCCGAAGGUACCACAAGUCCCGCCUUGGACCCGGUUUUCCAAGCUUUUUCACCACCAUCGAACCUCCCAGCUGAGUCCAAACUCAAAACAUACAUGAAUGUAUCCACACGCACAAUUUCACCAUCUUCGCUGGACAAAUCGAAAAUAUUUUCAUCUUCAAACAGCAUCUCACCGAAUGAAAUUACAAGUGCCCUUUCAUCAUUGGCUUUGGACUCUGCAAGAAAGACUCCAAACCCCGGUGCCGCCGAAUUUGUACCAAUGAACAGCAUGUUGGGCCCUGGCCAAUUAACGCACAGCACCAGCACACCUUCAUUCUCACAGUUUUCCGGAAGUCUCAGUUUGACUCCCGGCAGCAGUCCAUAUAGUCGGUUAGCACCUGACACACCAUCUGGCCUGUCUUUGGGGAAGAUGGAAAGCCCUGGCUUAUCUCCUGAUGGCUCCCCACUAGUGAGUCGCCGCAGCCAGUCACCAAUGUCUGUUGGAGGCUACUUGAACACACAGCGGGAGCCUUUUCCUCCAACAACAGUUUACCAGGAGUUUCUGGGCGGCACCACCUACUUCUACCAACACGAAGAAGCCGCAAACUCAACGGAGGAAGGCCAGGCCGUCCUGCUUCCUGAAUAUCAGAUGUAUCCUGGAAACCCGGCACACAUUGAGUUCAUGAAGCCCAAAGCCAACGCACCUUCCUUCUUUCUUCCAGAUGAGCUAAGAAUGGAUAUCUUGCAUCGUCAGAGUUUAAGUCUUGCUCAAAGAAACCCAGAAGUAAACACUGACCUGCCAACAGAAGUGGACAACUAUCAUAACAUUUGCCCCCUGGAACCAAGUUCCUCCAAUGGACCGCCAAAGUCCAGCACUUUUGGAUAUGUGACGUCGGUCUACAAGGCAACAAACAUCAAGACUGGCUGCUGCUACUGCUUGAGGAGGGUGCAUGGCUUUCGUCUCGGCAACACCAAGUGCAUGACAGUGGUUGAUCUUUGGAAGAAGUUGCAGCACUCCAAUCUUGUGCACCUUCGGGAGGUUUUCACCACUAAGGCAUUUGGAGAUCACUCAAUGGUGUUUGUCUAUGACUACCAUGCUGGUGCGGACACCCUGAUGAGCCAGUACUUCAACCAGCCUUCCAUGCCGACGCUGAAUGGCUUUUGCCCCCCUGUCUAUCCCCAGCCUUCCAAUGGGCUCACGAGGCCUUUUUCUCAUGGAAAGCCUGCUCUGGGCUCCUUGCGCCAGCAUGCCGGACUGCUGCCUGAGAGCCUUAUCUGGGCCUUUGUGGUCCAGUUGAGCUCGGUGCUGCGUACCAUCCAUGCAGCUGGCUUAGCGUGCCGUUCCUUUGAGCCUUCCAAAAUUCUGGUCAUGGGCAAGUCACGUCUGCGCCUCAACUGCUGUGGCAUCAUGGACGUGCUCACAUUUGACUCAGCUGUGCCCAGUGCGAAGGCGCUUGUGCCUCACUAUCAGCAAGAAGACUUGGUUUCCUUGGGGAAGUUGGUACUUGCUCUGGCCUGCAACACCAUGGCGGCGAUUCAGCGCGAAAACUUGCAGCAGUCGAUGGAUCUGGUGUCCCGCAACUACUCAACUGACCUCAGGAACCUGAUCUUGUACCUGCUGUCCUCACCGCCUCGUACGCACAGUAUUAAUGACAUUAUGCCCAUGAUUGGGGCUCGGUUCUACACACAGCUGGAUGCUGCACAGAUGCGCAGUGACGUUAUUGAAAAUGAACUUGCAAAGGAAGUGGAAAAUGGAAGGCUGUUCAGGCUGCUUGUGAAACUUGGCACAGUCAGUGAAAGACCAGAGUUUCAUCUGGACACAUCGUGGUCUGAAACUGGCGACCGCUACAUGCUUAAGCUGUUCAGAGAUUACCUCUUCCACCAAGUCACAAAGGAUAACAGGCCUUGGAUAGACAUGGCUCAUGUGGUACAGGCAUUGAAUAAGCUGGAUGCUGGUGUACCCGAGAAAAUCUGCCUCAUGUCACGGGACGAGCAAAACAUCCUCGUUGUCAGCUAUGCUGAGCUGAAGCAGUGCCUCGAGUCCUCAUUCAGCGAGCUCCUGUCUGCCACUUCAUCAGCGCCACCUUCAACGUCUCUCCCCCCACCUCCGGCCAACCAGCAUGCACGGUGACCACACAGAAUGUUGUUUUAUUUUAUGUUUGCUGCUGCUUCGGUAUGCACAAGCAUGUUGCUUGGUUUUAAUUAUGCUGCCAGUGAAGAGUUACUCGGGUUCAGAGGCCCCUGAUAAGGGACGUUUCAGCAAUUUUGCUACGUGAAUCUUGCUAGUGCCACUGCUUUCUGUGCAUACGCAACAGUUUUCAUUACGCUAGUUGACGCAACAGGUUAUUACUUUUUUUUUCUUCCUCUGGAAAUUUUUUUAUCAUUGCAUGCCUUCUUUUCCUGUCUCUUGAUAGUUUUGACAACUAGUGAUGGGGUCCUUCUUUUUUUUUUCCUCUCGCUUUUUGUUUUAGGACAUUUGCAUAGGUGUAAGGCAUUUACAGUUGAGCUCGGUGGUCUCCUUUCUUUUUCGACUUUUUGGCACUCUUGAGAGCUUUUCUCUGUUUUGCUGUAGCAAGAUUAUUUUUUAUUCUAUCCUUUUUAAGAAGUGUAGUCAAAAAAUCUAUUUACGCACACUUUUGCGCAGUCUUGGAAGUUGCUUUCUUGUCUUGAGCUUUAUUAGUGAUAUUUGUGGUCCCCCUCCCCACUUUAUUGUGUCUUUUUGUUUGUCCUCUGUGGUGCACCUUCUCUUGUACUUAAUCAUCAAUGCUAUCGCGUACAACUUCUGCCACAAAGUGGGCAUAGUAUUGUGCCAAUGACUGUGGUGCAGGAAACUAAGCAGCGCAUACUUGGUUUCGCUUUCUCUUAAUGCUGAACCACUGCUAUUCAAACGGCACUAUGAUAAUGAACUUAAUGCAUAACUGUGAGGUGCAGGGGGAACCAAGAAAAAGUGCUUUUGCAUGUGUGAAUAUAUUCUGUUGUUUCUUCUGCAGUUAAACUUCUGCACCCAGAGAACUGAAUGCAGAAGCUUGUUGAACAUUUUUGUUGAGUCUCGAGGCAGCUAAACUCUAGUGAAAGCGCAUGCUCUUGUACUGCAUUCUGUCUAUAGCUGUUAUGAUAGUUUCACUUAGGUGUGGAAUGCAUGGUUAAUGUCGCAUGCUGUAGCUGUCCAACAUUUUGCUAUGCGCCUCCUCGUUGCUCUCUGCUAGUGGUGGCCAACGAGCUGAUCUUGCCGCCAGAGCAAUAACGGAUAUGCUGCGCACUUGUGCUGUUCCAUAGGGUUUGUUACAAAUUCGUAUUGUUCAAGGAAACCUAUUAGGACUGUUUCUAUUCCAUGUCCUUCCAGGGGCCAUAUCCUUGAUCAAUCAGUUUAUCACCUUCAAAAAAAAAGAACGAAGUGAAACAUGCAUCCAGUGGAAGGGGAUCUGCGUAAAAAAAGGACUGAAGACAGCUUAUGAGCACUAUUUCUUUGUGGCAUAGUUCUUGAAUAUAUUGAUGAGACGCCCGUCACCCCAGUGAGUUGUUGCACUUAGACAUUGGGCCGCACGGAAAGUGAAAGUAUCACUUCAAAGUGAUCGGUCAAGAAUACGUUUCUUCUACUGUGUUGCCGCUUGUGGCCAGACGGGCUUUUUGUAAAACUUCACUGCUGAGAGCACAAGACUAGGCCGCAAGUCUUGCCACCAUGGCAAUCGGUGUCGUAACACAAAACACAGGGUUAUAUAUCCUAUAUGUGUGUGUGAACUUUGACUGCCCUCCAACCUUAAAGUUUGAGCUGCAACAUUCAGCGGUUGCAGUUUAUCUGUUGAUGACAGUGGGAUGUUGUCUCUGUUGAAACGGAUUUAUUUUAAGCAAACAAGGCAUUUAUUUUUUUAUAUGUGCUACUGAAUAAGAAAGGGUACCUGAGGCCCUGCGAAUACAAAGCUGGACAAAAAAAGUGCCGAGGCAUGUUUUACUCAUCGUUUUGUUGAUGAUAUCUUGUCUUAUAAAGACCACCCUCUUUUUUGCAAUAAGUACCAGGAAGUAGUUUUUUCUGUUUGCAUGGCUUAUAUGUAUAGAGUACAAGGACAGUUUCGUAACGUUGCUCACGUGAUUAUAACACAAAAUUUUAUUGCAAAGGUUAGUUACAAUUGCAGGAAGUUGCAACACUUUGUGUUGGUUGGAUGUUCAAUGCUCACCAAAUUAAAUUAUGAAUUUUAGUUAAGAUUGAACACUGCUCACAAAGCAUCAUAAACUGUGUGUAUUUGUGCAGGCUUUGAUAGCCUGCAUAAACGUGAUCAAACAAUGUUGGAUAUGGUGGCUCUAAUUUUGUUACAAAAGGGCAUCACGAAGCUCUUAAGACUUAUGCCGCUCAAGGAACCUGCGUGCAGCUGCUGAUUCUUUUCAUAAUGAUACUGGCAAUUGCUAUGAUAUUCAAUAUAUUUUCGUUAUAAUUUGCGCUUUCUCUGUUUGCUCCAGCGUUCAUAACCAUUCGGUCGCGUGGCAAAAAAGAAUGAAGAACGAACCAUAUCGUAGUUCAACUAGUGGAGGCUACCAGGAGCCAUUGUUGGCAUUGGCCCACUGUUACGAAAUCUUCCCUGUACUCUGAAUCAGUGCGACGUCUACAGAAAAUGUCCAUCAGCCUGUAUACUCAGCCUGAUUUUGACAAACUAAGUGAUCUUUGUGUUAGAAAUCGGUUUUUUCUUUUUCCUAACAAAAGCAGCAAGUGUUCACAAUUCUUCAGUAAUACUUAAUGUUUUCCCUAAUUCCUUUCAUGUUCCAUGUUCACAUGGCUUUUUCAUGCCACUGCUUAGUGCUGUUGUUGUGGCAGGUGUGCUCAUGUGAUCGUGGUUGUUCUUGCCCCUUUUUUAGCCAGGUGCUUUUGUUGAUAACUUUGUGGCUUCCAAUGGCCCUGUCGGAACAUCUUGGUACCUUAUAGUUUAAAUAUUUGCCUGUAAAUACAACUGUACAUACAUAUGACACACACGCACACACGUACCCUUUUGUAUGCAUAUAUAUAUAUAUACUUAUGGAGCCAAACUCAGAUUGUGGUACUCACAUUAUUGGACUUUGAAUCACUGUCAUUAAUCUCAUCUGUAAUGCGUGCAUUUAUGUGCAAAGGGGAUCAGUGUGGUUGUGCAGUGCUUGCUGGCAUCAUGUACAUAACUCACGUAUGUAUAUGUACAUAAAGGUAGGCAUGAAAUAUAUGCAUGGGCGAGUGGAGCGCGGAGAAUGUCAUAGUGGAUUGCAGAAGACCAUUGGCAGCAGAGAGCUCGCUUUUUGCUGCAGUUAAUUAACUUUACCAAUUGCUUUCAUACAUGUGGCCACUUUGUUUCUUCAAAUCGGGUUACAAAUGUGCUGUAAUCAAAGCAUGGUGCAUUCUUACAAUUCUCUGUUAGAUGCAGUGGCCUCCUCUUGUCAGAUGCAAAAGUGUUCCAAGUUCUCUGAACGCAGUGUACAAACUAGGCAGAAAAUGUUUAGCAUAGUCAAUGGUCACACAGCGUGUGUAGCUUUUCUUGCUGUGAUCUGUUUGUACUUCAUGCAAUCCAGUGUGAGCAAUCUUAAAAGAAAACUUCACUUUUGUGCUGUGGGCUGUAUGCAUGGGUACCUAUUUCAGUAGCACAUAACAUCGGCUGCACGACACAGAUGUAUUGGCAGAUCUGUUUUGCCAUGCUGGCUAGGGUGUGUGCUUUCAUUCAUACUGCUUUGGAGCCAAAUUAUUCGCUUGCCAUGUUUGAGCAAUCGCAGUGUAAUAAUCUGGUAAGCGUCUCCUUUCUUGUGCUCCUGGGCAUAAGGCAUGUGUUAGCAUAGCUUUAGCAGAGCCUUUGUGACACAUUCCAUUUAAGAUCCCCCGCCUGUUAUAUCUUGGGAAUGCUGCCUGUAAUGAGUAAGGUUGCCAUUAUGUGAAUCAUAAUCAAGCACCUCGCUUGGACCUAGCCGAGGAGAGAUCUGUUGCUGGCUUGAUAAGCCUAAUCCCUCAGUUGAUCUUUCAAACCAUUGAAGCCUUGUGCGCUUCAUCACUGAGAGAAAAACAAACAAAACAAUUACUUUUAAGAGUACAAAUAUGGUGCGUCAUUUUGAGCUGGAUGUUGGGUUAUGUUGGAUCAAUUAGGCUUGCACAUUGAUGAGCGUGUGUGAUUCCAUGCCAUUCGAUAAUGAUACAAGGGUCCUAGUGGCAUUUGUGCGCACCAAAGCCAUUUUGGGAAGUUCUGUGCAAGGGUGGUUGUUUUUGGAAAAGUGCUUGCCAUAUAGGAUGUAUAGGAUCAGUUGUGAUUUGCCAAUAAGACACCACAGUGUCCUGUUUUCAGCUUUCAACAGAUGGCACAAUGGCAAAGCAGCACAUGAAAAUGUGGUCAUAACGGAUGGGAAUGAGGGAGCUGUGAGUUAUGUUUUAGGUGUGUGUCUUUCUACAAAUGUAAAUAAGUGGUGACUUUUUGUACAGUUCCUGUAAGAGCUAUUUUUAUUGGAAAAUAAAGGUUGGAAACCCUUA